AUGAAGUAAAUUGUUUGGCAUUCGUACGUUCUCUUCCUUGUCUUCUCUUUUCGUUGAGACUCCUAACUCUGAACCCCACAAUAGCUACAAUCAUCAGCUAGAGACAUAGAUUCUAGGGUUUUCUUACACACUUCAUUCUAAACUAAAUUCGAUUCAAAGCAAAUGGAAGGAGUCAGCAAUGGAGGGAUGUUGUACCAUGAGGUGCAAGAGGCCAAGCUUUGCGCCGUACAUUGCGUCAACACGGUGUUGCAGGGACCCUUCUUCUCCGAAUUUGAUUUGGCAGCGCUCGCUUCCGAUCUUGAUUGCAAGGAGCGCCAGAUGAUGCAAGAGGGCAGCGUUUCCACUGGCGAUUUCCUCUCCGCCGAAUCCCACAACGUCUCCUUGGACGGCGACUUUAGUAUACAGGUCCUACAAAAGGCUUUGGAAGUGUGGGAUUUGCAAGUCAUUCCUCUUAGCAGUCCGGUUGCAGAGCCUGCACAGAUUGAUCCUGAUCUGGAAAAUGCAUUUAUUUGUCACUUGCAUGAUCAUUGGUUUUGUAUAAGGAAAGUGAAUGGAGAGUGGUAUAACUUCGACAGUCUUUAUGCUGCCCCAGAGCACCUGUCCAAGUUUUACCUUGCAGCCUAUCUGGAUUCUCUGAAGAGCAAUGGCUGGAGCAUUUUUUUGGUGAGAGGAAACUUCCCAAAAGAGUUUCUUAUCUCAUCAUCUGAAGCUUCUAAUGGUUAUGGGCAGUGGCUGUCUCCCGAGGAUGCUGAGAGGAUUACCAAAUCAUGUAACCCGGCUUCGGGUUCUCAGAUAAUCAAUUCGACUCAACAGCAUUCGAACCCAGCUGAAGACAUGCUUACAGAAUUUGAAGAUGAAGACUUGAAAGCUGCUAUAGCUGCCAGCUUGAUGGAUUCUUCCCAAACCAAGACUAGUGUUGAAGCUGGCAGAAUUGAAAAUGAUAAUAAAGAAGGGGAAGAAAAAAGUGCAUGAUAGGAAAUUUUAUUUUGAGAUGAUAUUUAUUAGUUGCGACUCUGAUCCAUGCCAGCUAGGAUCUUUAGCCUUUGCAGUUGGCAAUUGACUGAAAUGUGUAGUAUAUACAUUCAUUUUGUACUUUUUGAUCAUACGUUUACCCCAAAUUGACAUCAUAAAAACUCUGUAAGGAACUACCCCCUCAACUAUACCUACCAAAUGGAUGAUUAGCAUUUUUUUUUUC